UACUGGCUCCCUCUAGGCGCGUGCUGGGAGAAAAUUGUGGGAGGUGUCUGGGAAUAUAAAAAAAAGACUUAAACAAGUUCUCAAAUGGGAGGAAGGAAAUAUAAAUCCUCUGCCGUGGAUGUGAGCCACCGGUCUAAGAAAACAACCUGAGCCUCAAAGCGCUGUGGACAGUGCCAAAUGUAGAGCGGCAUGGCUUACUUUGAUGGCUGCCAUUGCCUGGGAGACGGGAGACAGAACAGCAUCCUCUACAACAUUCUGAAAAACGACAACCGGACGGAGCAUCACGCGCACAGGCGCCCGGGUGUCGCCCUCAAGCAGCAGGCUUGCUCGUGCGGUUCCAAGAAGAAAGUGGCGCUCCAGUGCCCGCAGAUAACGUGCAAAGCCGCGUCGGCCGUCCUGGUAAAGACACUGAAGUUCGUUAAGAACGUGCCUUGCUUUCGUGAACUACCAGCCGACGACCAGCUGCUACUCGUGCGCAGUAGCUGGGCGCCACUUCUCGUGCUGGGAAUGGCACAGGACAGGGUCGACUUUGAGACCAGGGAGACGACCGAACCCAGCAUGUUACAGAAAAUUCUUACCAGCGGACAAAAGACACAGGACGGCCCGCAAGAGCAAAGCGACCACGGUGUGUCUUUAUCUGACAUACAGGGCAUUAAAGCGUUUCUUACCAAGUGCUGGGGACUGGAUAUCAGUACGAAGGAAUACGCCUAUUUGAAAGGAGCCGUUCUCUUCAACCCAGAUCUGGACGGGCUGCAUUGUGUACACUACAUCCACGCGCUGCAGAGUGAAGCCCACCAGGCUCUGAACGAACACGUGAAAAUGCUUCACCGAGACGACCACGCGAGGUUCAUCAAACUGUUCCUCGCGCUCUCCAUGCUGCGAUCCAUCAACGCCAACGUCGUCGCCGAACUCUUCUUCAAACCGGUCAUCGGAACGGUGAACAUGGAGGAAGUCUUGCUGGAGAUGUUUUACGGCAAAUAGCCCGAUAGUCUGGGCUGUCGUGGUUGUCGAACUGUGGGACUGAUGACAGCGGGUGGGAACAGAGAUUUUGAAUCCCCGAUAACUUAUUUCUUUUUACACGCGCUAUUUUUGCAUAAUAAAACUACUCUCUGGUCA